GUUUCUCUUCUUGAAGAAGUAAAACUCAUUAAUACCAAAUUGGAGUACCAAAGGAGUUUCCUUUGCUUUGCUGUUACAUUCUCCAGGAAUAAAGGCGUUACCUUUGCUUUUCCUCUCUCUCGUUUCCUUCUCUCUUUCUCUAUCUCAGUGCAGCAACGAGGAAGAGUCUAGAAACGAAAGGAACUGAAAGAUUAAGAGAUUUUUUGUUUUGUAUUCUGGGUUGUUCAGAUUCAAAGAUGCAAUUUUGUAGUUGCUUCAGUUGUGGAAAAGGAUUUGAUAGGAAAACGAAGGUGAAGACUGAGCCGUCAUGGAGGAUUUUUUCACUAAAGGAACUUCACGCAGCCACAAACAGUUUUAAUUAUGACAACAAACUCGGCGAAGGCCGAUUUGGUAGUGUGUAUUGGGGUCAGCUUUGGGAUGGAUCUCAAAUUGCAGUCAAGAGAUUGAAAGCAUGGAGCAGCAGAGAAGAGAUAGAUUUUGCUGUAGAAGUCGAGAUUCUUGCCCGUAUUAGACACAAUAAUCUAUUGAGUGUACGAGGUUACUGUGCGGAAGGACAGGAACGACUCAUUGUAUAUGAGUACAUGCCAAAUUUGAGUUUGGUCUCACAUCUUCAUGGUCUGCAUUCCUCUGAGUCGCUUCUUGAUUGGACCAGGCGGAUGAAUAUCGCUGUAACCUCUGCUCAGGCAAUUGCCUACUUGCACCAUCAUGCAACUCCUCGAAUAGUCCAUGGAGAUGUGAGAGCAAGCAAUGUGCUGCUAGAUUCCGAGUUUGAAGCUCGGGUUACGGAUUUUGGAUAUGGUAAGCUGAUGGCAGAGGAUGCAGAAAAUGGAGUUACUAAAACUACCACCAAGGGUAAGGAUCUUGGGUAUCUCUCACCGGAAUGUAUUGAAUCAGGAAAAGAAUCAGACAUGGGAGAUGUGUAUAGCUUUGGUAUUGUUUUGCUAGAGCUUGUGACUGGUAAGAGACCUAUAGAAAAGCUAAACCAAACAACAAAACAGGGUAUCACCGAAUGGGUUCUGCCUUUGGUUUACGAAAGAAAGUUUGGUGAAAUUGUGGAUCAAAGGCUUGAUGGGAAGUAUGUGGAAGAGGAGCUGAAAAGGGUAGUUUUGGUAGGGCUUAUGUGUGCUCAGAGCGAGCCAGAGAAGAGACCGACAAUGUCUGAAGCUGUGGAGAUGCUAAUGAAUGAAUCUAAGGAGAAAAUGGCUCAGCUUGAAGCUAAUCCACUCUUCAAGGGAAAUAUUGGAGAGGAAGUUGUAGAUGAAAGCAGCUCAGAGAUCAUUUCAGAAGAGAAGGAUCAUCAAAAACAAGGACAAGAGUAGAUGAUUUCUCUGUUCUGAGUGAUGUUUAGGGCCCGGGAAUUCGAAAUUCACACAUAUUUUUUCUUUUGCGAGAGUUUGGUUUUGGUUAUGCUUGUUUUUAGAAGAGCGAAGUGUGUUUUCAGUUUUAUCGUGUUUUGUCAAUUUAUCAUUUGAAUUUGAUCAUUGAUGCUUAAGAGCUUGUAAGGGAGUGUAAUGGUACAUAUUUGAUCUUUAUG